AGCAAUCGUGGAAGAUAAAUUAGUGAUUUGAGUUAGUCCAGCGCAUCGUGCCGUUAAUUUAAUUUCCUCAGGCGAACAAUGGAGGCCCCAGAAGUGCAUAUCGACGUCAGUGGAAACAUGGAACCUCCAAAACAAGAGCCGAAACUGGCAUUCAACUUUUCCUCAUUCACUAAUAUCUCCACGCGUAUUCCCGGAUUUUGGGAACUGUUGCGUCUCAGCCGGCAAAACAUUCGACCGUGGUCUGAGUUUCUCCAGACUUCGAACUUUAAAACUGUCGCAAAUGUAUCUAGAUUGACAAAUCGCAUAAUUCGGAACCUGGCCUACUUUCAGAGCAACUAUCUCUUCGUGUUCCUUGGGCUGAUUGUAUACUGUCUAUUAACUUCACCGCUCAUACUGAUCGUCCUGGCAGCAGUUAUGUACGCUUGCUAUAAGAUCAAACAAAACGCAACUCCGAUGGCCUUUUUUAGCCGGCAACUGAACACAAAUCAGCAAUGUGCUGCCGUGAGCGUUGCCGCUGUUCCCAUACUUUACCUGGCGGGGGCAGGUGCGGUUAUGUUCUGGGUUCUGGGUGCCUCAUUUUUUGUGAUAUCACUUCAUGCUGCCUUCUACAAUAUUGACGCGAUCGUAACAGAAGAUAUGGAGUCUUUCCUGUCCGAAACGGUGUGAGCAAUGGUAUGUACAAGGAUCAUUAAACCUAGAGGAAGCGACUGUAGCUAACGAUUGGUUAACAUCAUCUCUUUGCAUGAUAAGCUUGCUUGGCAAAAUGAUUAAAUCACUUGCUCAUAGCGUUGUAAUUCGAAACAUCUACAACAUCAAUUAACGAACGACUAGUUAAACUAUGCGAUAGAAUGUAUUUCAAAAUAUCUUUGUACUCUAACAAGCCAGUUUGCUGGCACAAAAUAAAAAAACUGUAAUAAACUUUCAACCAAA